AUGUCCUGUCCUGUUGAGCGUCACAUGCACAGUGAUCCCAGCAUUUGUUUGGUCUGCGGCCAGCUGGCUUGUUUCCUCUGCUUCGGCUGUCGUGCCUUUGAAGAUACUCAAGGCCUUGGUCUGCUGCCGUCUUCAUCUGGCUCUAAUAUUGCAACAAGCACUGGUACGGCCGGCGGUGGCGAGUAUGGUGUCUUCGGAAUGCAAGCUCAUAUGCGUCGUUGUCAUGCCGGUUACGGGCUACUUUUGCGCAUUUACAAAUGUAGGGUUGUUAUGUUAUCAGAACAAGCCAGACGAGUUACAGAGCUGCAGGCACCAUAUCGUGACCAAUUUGGGGAAGCGGAUCCUCAGCUUAGGUGA